UCUGAAGAGGCGUUCAAAAGACGGAAAUCCGCGGAAAAUGUGGCGAAAAGUGUACACAAAAGCGUCGGUCGACUGUCGGGUCGUGCGCUGUGGAGGGCGUGGCUACGCGUUGCGCACGUGUGGGACGCGAGUGACGGUUGCGCUGAAGACGUGCUAAAGAGAGGAGACAAUAGAGACGACAGUAAUGGCGACACGAGAGACGACACGACACGCGACACAAUGAACGCAACGGUCGGUGAGCGCCGGGAGCCGAGAGCCGCCUCCCGGGCCGUGAAGUGCGUGGUUGUGGGCGACGGGACGGUCGGCAAGACGUGUCUUCUCAUCUCAUUCACGGUUCGUUCGCUUCCGGUGUUUGUGUUUGUGUUGACAUCCCUUUCCUCCCGAAAGACGGACUCCUUUCCCGGCGAAUACGUGCCAACCGUUUUCGACAACUACUCCUCUCUGGUCACGUGUGAGGGACAGACGGUUUCGCUGGGAUUGUGGGAUACGGCGGGUCAGGAGGACUACGACCGCCUGCGACCGCUUUCCUACCCGCAGACGGACGUCUUUCUCGUCUGCUUUUCGGUUGUGUCUCCGUCUUCGUUGGAGAACGUGACGGUGAAGUGGGUGCCAGAGAUCCGCCACCACUGCGCGGACGUCCCGAUCGUGUUGAUCGGCACGAAGAGCGACCUCCGGGACGACAGGGAGACAGUGGCGGCGCUCGCGGCGAGCGGACAGUCGGUUGUGCGGAGGGAACAGGCGCUCAAAGUGCAGCACAAGAUAAAGGCCGUGAAAUACGUGGAGUGUUCGGCGCUCACCCAACGCGGCCUCAAACACGUGUUCGAUGAGGCCGUGCGCGCCGUCCUGUCGCCCGACAGGAGACACGAACUGAAGCGCAAGAAAUGCAAAUUAAUGUGA